AUGCCCACCACCCUCUUGUACAUCACUGCAACUAAAUUACCAAAUCCGGAAAGGCAGCCGCCCCCAGAAACAUCCACCGACUGCUGCCAAGGUUGUUCAUCAGACAACAGCAGCUGCACUGUCAGAUACCGCAAACGAUUCCGUGCCCGCAGCCGUGUACAUAAACAAUUGACUAAGCGUGAAAUUACCGCUGAUGACCACGAAAUUGUUGCCCAUGAUGUCGACCCAACAUGCAACAGUGAAAGACUUAAGAAAAUUAUGCUUCUUAAUAUUACCAAAGAUGUUGCUCAAUCAAAACGAGAAAUUCAGAAAAAUUCUGAAGCUGAAUUUAAAAGUAACUUCAAUGUUAUUUGCUCAGAAACAGCAUUUUCGUAUGUGGCCCAUACCAGUACAUACUGCCAAGCAAGUGUCGGAGGAGUAAACUGCUAUGCCUUUUCGUUCUAA